AUCCAAAAUCAGUUGUUUGGCUCCAAUAUAUCGAGCGCAAAACAAAACUUUUUUGUCGAGGAAUUCAUCUGUCUGAUUAGUCGUUUCCUUCGAAAACCUCUCUCCAAUAUUUUGUGUUGGCUGGCCAACAAUAUAACGACAUGUCUUAAACUUGAUACUUUUGGCAGAACAAUGAAGCCCGGCGAAGGUAAGCUACUGGACUUGUAUUUUCCCAAGUUUAGUUGGGGUAACAGCUGACGUGUUUUUCAACUUGAAAUUUGCCUGUUUUGAGCUUUUUCUAAAGCGAAUUCUAUCAUAAACAUGAAUUCUUCUAAAAGGAGAUAUGUACUUCUUUCUAAAGAAUCACCAUAGGUUCCAAAGUACGGCCAAUUUGAUCUGUAUUACGAAGAAUUUUUUUCUUGUGUUAUAAGCAAGAUAUGUUAAAAAUUAAGAUGUUCAUUCCUUUAUUGAUAGGUUCGAAAUGUCUAUGCUCAAGCUUAAAUCGAAUUAUCACUUUGCUUCCUUUAUUAUAAUACAAGGACUGUUAUGUUCUUGUACUUGUAUGGUUCGUCAAGGAAAUUAUAAUUAAUGCUGGGCAGCUUUUCUUUCCUCGUAUCAGGUUGUAUAAAGUAAGUCUGUGUAGAUAUUUAUACAACAACGCGCUUUCCAUGCUCCCGGUAAAUGUCUUAAUAAGCUUACGUACUUUUAUGUUAACAGUCACUGGCGCACACAGCAUUUUCAUUUAAAGGCAUCAUAACCGGUCAUGAAUAAGACGCGAGGAACGUUCUGAAUUUCGGUUUUGAGAAUGUUGUACUUUGAAAACAUUUUAGUCCGACAAAGCUGAUAAUUCACCAGUAAUUUUCCAACCAAUUUAAUGUGCAUGUAAGGUUGUUAUCUCAGACAACAUGAAUCGAAGUGUUUAAAGCUGUUUUAGUCAAGAAAUGUAUUCUAUCAUAAUAUCAAACUGCUGAGCAUAUUGCCUGGCUUAUUUACAUGUUCUGUCUGUCAAACCUUUCGUAUGUUUUUACUGAAUACCCACUUUUCAUCACUCCAGGCAAGUACGAUCUCUAGGGGCAAAGUUCACUUGUGAAUAUUAAACAUAGUCAAUUGCCCAUGACCACUUUGUAAACAAGAGUUCUUUGCUGUGAGAAAUAUGUAAGUUGUUGUUGCAGUCAGGACACUGAGUGCAUUGUAUCAAUGUGAGAGGUAAAAAAAAAUUCCUCUUUACUUUCUGGCUUCCCAUAAUUAAAUUCAAUAUUGUUGAGUGGACCACAUCUCCAAAGAUUAGAACUGCUUUUUAAAGAAUUUCUAGUGAUUCUUUGAGUAUGGGCGAACAUGAAGAAAAAUGAAAUGGGGGGUUUUGCUUGGGGGGUUACUCCUGGGAAUUUUUUGUGGGACUGUGCCGCCCGGUUCUUCAAAUCAUGACCCUAUUUCACACCAAAAAAUGUAAUUUUCCAUACCUGUUUUCAUACCUAGGCCUGCAGAAAUUAUGUCAUCAUUACUUUAGAUUAGUGCACAAGCAAAAAAAUUCUUCAAAUCCAUUUUGAAUUCUCAUAUUUCUCUUUCUUUCUUGGUCAUCUGGAAUUGUAACAGUUUAUGAUAAAUACGUUCAUACACUCCCAUAGUUCCCUCAAAAACCAUACCUGAUUCCAGACCAAAAUUGGCAAAGUGUAUACCCUUUUUCAGACCAAAACGGCGCAAAAACUCUACCUGAUGGGGUGGCACAUACUGAUAUAGCUUAUAUAAGGGAGUACCCCCUUAGGGGGUUUUGAAAGUCAGACUCGUGACAUGCAGGCAUUCCCCUGCCCCUGAAAAAGGGCUCAUAUUAAUAUUUGCUGUAGUGCUGUAUUCUUUCUAUCUCUUACAUGUGAGUUUCCAACCCACAGAGCUCCUCUAAGACGUAAAAAUAUACUAUCAAUAAUAUAAUGAUUUUCUGCUGGAAAGAGGGUGUAAAUUAGGAGCAGUGGUUUAGAACUUUAAGCAUAUCCUGUUUGCAGUAGUGAGAAAGGACAGGAUUUAAGCCCUGAUCUUUGCUGUUCAAAGACUGGGGAUUAAUUCAAGUUAAGUUAUGAAACCUUUGUUUUAAAAGAAGCCACCUAAAAUGCAAAGAUUGAGUGGUUACUUAUGGAAGUUGCUCACUUACGAGAAUUAAAUCACCAGUAGUGAUUCCUGUUAAGAAAAGGUGCAGACACAUCUACUUUCUGAAAGAGAAUUAAUUGCAUGUAAUUUCCAAGUUACCAUGUAUGUAAGAGUUCUUCAUUUACUCUGAGGAGGAUACGGUUGAACCUCUAAACAGCCACCUCUACACAAUGGCCACUUUUUUGGGUGGACAGUUUAUACAUUGACUCUUGUUUAAGCCUCUCUCUACAAUAGCCACUCUUUCUUCUGUCCCUGAGGUGGCCUUUGUGAAGAGGUUAACAACUGUAGUACAUAUGUUGUGGUUCAAUAAUUUUUAUACUUGGUUCAAAUUUUAUUUUCUUUUGUUACAAACUCAUUAUCAUGUAAUUAAUCAUACAUUACCAUACCCAAAACAAAAGAAAAUAAAAUUUGAACCAAGGAUAAAAUUGAACCACAACACAUACAGUCAAUAAGAACUUGCGUCAAGUAGUCUCUUAUAUUUUAUUACAAAAGGUUAAAAACAAUGGAAAAUUAUCAAACCAUCAAUCAACAGAGUGAUAAGAGCUGGUUCUUUAGAUAAAUAUGAGAGGUAAAUUAUAAAGUGGAUAAAUGGAAAAAAAUUGGCAUUUUGGAUAAGUGGUUGCUAAUGGGAGGUGGUCACUUUGUUGAGUCAGUCACAUCCAUAGAGGUUUGACUGUUUCUUGAAAUUUGUUUUUCUGUUUUGAUUUAAAGUGUUAACAGAGGCAGAAGGUGAUGUUGCUGGUGAGAUGGAAUGUGAGAUGCAGGCAAGAGACUUCUUCAUACACAUUGGAAUGCUGAUAGUGGAAGGUCGUACACCACAGCAGUCAGAAAAAGGAAGAGCUGAAGGACCUCACUGCCUGUCCUUGAUUAGUGUGGCUCCUCAUGUCUGUAACCCACAUGUAAAUUACCUUGUAAGUUCAGGACCUUCUAAUAUUUAAAAUACACUAUGGGUUUUUUGUUUAUUCAAACGAAUACAUUUUCAAUGAAUGUACAGCAUAGAGUUCUAAUUUCUAGCAUAUAUCCCUAACACUAGUAAUAUAAAUCCAUUUUUUAGUGUCAGAAAGUAUGUGAAAGAAAAGAAAAGAUGACAGUGUUGUGGGAGAACAGUUCUCCUAUGGUGAUCACAGUCCUGAUGCAGAGUCCAGAUGAUAGCAAUUGGAUUUUGCUGGAGAAGUGGACAAUUGAAGCUGUUGAUGGGUACGUGACAUGAGUACUACAGUACAACCACAUUGAGAGGAACACCAAUGGGCCAGGGAAAUCUGGUUUUAAAAAACAGAAAAUGACUGAAUGUUUUUAAAUUAGGGCCAAAAAAUUGUUGUUGUAACAACGGGGUGGUCAAAAAGCAGGGUCCUACUAUACUGUUAAGUAUCAGCAACCACUACUUCUCUUUUCACUGCUGAUGGUCAUUAUAAUUUUAUUGUAAACCUUUUGGCCAGCAAACACUUAUGGCUGGCAGACAAUGGCCAUAUGGCCCGCAACAGUUGCUAAUGGUUUUUGGUUUCAAACUUUGAAUUAAAGUUUUGUUAAUGUGUAACAGUCUGUGAUUCUGUUGGUUAACUGUUUGCUGUCAGAUUUUUUUUUGUUUUUUGAUUUGAUUUGAGAACCCAUUUUGUUGAUAUCAUUUUGGAACUUUAUUCAUGAGAACUAUCAGUCUUGAAUACUUGUCUGCUGGUUGCUAAUGGUGUUUUCAAUAAACAAUAAGCUUGUAGUCAAUCACACCCCAAUAAAACGGACAUCAGUGAAAUUCCUGCAACAAUUUACAGAUAUUUGACUUGAGUAAACUCCAGACCUGCAAUUACAGGCUAAUACCUGUCGCUCUCAAGGAUGAUAGACUCACAGUCCCAAGGGUGUCUGCAGUAAUCAAAGUUGACCAGACGCAAUUAUAGUUAAAUUAUUUACUUCCCAUCUAUAGGAUAGGUGAUGUGCAGAGUUGCAGUGGAAACGUGCUGAUCCAAGCUCUCAGAUCUCACAUUCACUUUUCUCAGCUCAGUGCCUGGCUGAGCAGAAGUAAAGGUUCUAUUCCUUCACAGGUCCUCUAUAGGUGAGUAUAGUACCGAAUGAUAAUGACAGGUAUCCAUAUUAGUGGUCGUCAGGUCAUCUAGGAUGACCGUAUACCAAGAUGGACCCCUCUUGGGGGGGAGGGGGGUGGUUGAGAGGGGUAGAGGUGUGCUGGCAAACCCUUCAAAUCCUGACCCUGUUUAAGACAAGAAUAAUCAUUAUUGUUCAUUUUGCUUCCCUAUUUAAGACAAGAGACCUACUCUCACACCUAUGGUUCUGUUUCGCACAAGAAAUUAUUAAGUGUUUUUAAUCUUACUCCAUGGAGUUACCAGUAGAUUUUUUUUGAAAAUAUAUUUUUGGUACCACUCAUGUAGACUGCACAUUACUGACUUUCACAUUCUUUUUAAGGCUUCCGGCCCAAAAAGACUCUCAGAUGAAAAAUAGUGAAAUUAUUUACCCUGUUUAAGACUAAUCAGGAUCCUGAAAAUCAUACCCUGUUCAGCACCACAUACCCACUUUGGCCAAAUAAGGGAGUGCUCCCUGCUCCACAUAUGGACCCCCUUAAUAAUGUUUCAAUAUUUUUGCUUCCCAUGGUUUGUGUAUAAUGUUGUAGGCUAGAAUGGUUUCAACCUACAUGUAUAUUAUUUCCUUUGCUGCCUAGCCAAAAUUAUUCAUCAUCUUUGAUAAUUUGGUUAAUGGUUUAGGUGCUAAUUAGGAUUAAUUAACAUUAAGUUAGGGAGUUAAAAGACAACAAUUUAUGUUCUUACACAAGCAAUCAUCAAGACUGCUUUUCAGACCUAACCUCUGAAAGGUAAACAAUCACUAUAUAAAUCCCAACACAAAAAUAUUGAACGUGGAUGCUUGUCUCUGAGCUGUACUUUUUUUUUGGUCUAGGGCUGUGCAUUAUAUGUGCCUGGGUUUCCUGUUUCUUGUCACCGAUCUUUCCCUCACUCAAACCACCCUCACAAAUAAUGUAAAUUUAUCUUUGUUUUAUCAUCUGUCUUCAGAAUAUCAGACAUGGGAGAUGAGGUGGCAUCUGGCGAGUUUCUUAAAGAACCUGAUUUUCACACAUUUCCCCUGGCAAAUCUCCAUAGUAACAGAGCGCUUCGUGUUAGUGUCCAUUCACUACCGAGAUGUGACAUAAUUAACUUUGCAGACGAAAUCCUGGCUUCUAAAAUAAAUCAACUCAAUGCUGGGCAGAACUCCAAAUGUAAUGAGAAUGAAGACUCCUUAGAAUUCAUUGAUGACCCAGUGAGGUCUCCCUUAAAAAAGAAAUCAUGCAGGAAGCAUCGAGAUCCUUAUCAUGACGUUAAGAUUUUGAAUGGCAACAAUUCUAUGUUAAACAAGCAAAGUAUUCUGGACUUUUCAAAACCUUCAACAAGCAAGAGUUUGGUUGACCAAGUAGUAGCAACGAAAUGUGAUGAUGAGAAUUGCUUAAACACCUCUCAGACCUCCAAGGAUUCUCUUAGAAGUGGGUAUUUUAAAAUUCGUAGUCUUAGUGAUGGACCAUCUAUUAGUCCAUUACAUGAACAGAUGAAAACUCAACAGUAUGAGAAAGAAAACCCAAGUUCAACAGGCAGUAUAGGCUGUAAUAAACAGGUAAGGACAAAUAUCAUAAACUCUAUUAACAAAGAAGGAUUUUAGCUCCCCUAAAAGUUUGUUAAUUAGCGUAUUGUUGGUGAAGUGUCAGCUGGCAGUCUGUUGAUAGGCUAUCAAAACAAAGCAGCAAAGCAACAAAUAGCUGACUGUCAAUCAACAAGUAUUUUUCUUUUUUUUGGGGGGGGUUAGUGUUCUUUACUUUUUCUCUGAGACCAUCAUGGGAAAGUUGGUACUAACUUUCUUCAGUAAUGUUAUUUGAAUUACUUUAAGGUGGACUCAUCGGUGUAGGCUCCAUUACCAGCGACUGUUUGGGAAAAUGAGCCUGCACUCAUUCCCCCAAUCUUUGAAAACUUUCAGAGACCUUUCUUGGGAGUGGAUCAAGUGGAAAUUGAGUCUACACUCCGUGCAAGUUGGUCCCAACUGGACAUCUUCCUCUUGUUUUAUAGUGUAUGAUUUCAUGUGUGAAUGAAAAGCUGAGAAUGAAAAACGGAUGUUCUCUUUAUCAAUAAAAGUGAUUUUAAACUUACUUUGAGUCACCAACUUAUUUAAUAUACUUGUAUUUACACAAGGAUCGUUUUCUUUGAUAUCAUAUCAUUUGCCUUAUUUGACCAAGGAAUCUAAAUUAGAGUUUGGCCUUUAUCUAAAUGAUAUCAAAAUAUGAUCAAAACUAUUGCUUUCUAACAGAAAUCCAGUUUUGAAUGUGAGAAAAUUGAUGUACAAGUAAAUCGGAGUCACUCAUCUCCAAAGAUCUCAAACCCUGGUGGAUACAGACAAGCUCUUCGAAGCCAACGUGUGGGACCUGGUACUAUUCCUAUCUUCAAUUCAAAAACAGGAUUACCUGUCUCUUCAAGCCCGGUCAGUAUGCUAUAGUAAUAGUUUCUUAACCCUGUCAAGCCCCACAAGUGUCUUUUGGUAGUAAUUUAUUUAUUACCUCUUAUAGUGAAAGUUUGCAAAUUAAAAUGUUCAUGUUUGAAGAUUUUUGUAUUUUUUCUUUAUUUUUUUUUCUGUAGCUGUAAUAAAUGCUAAUUUGCUUUCCAUGUUUGUAGGCUCCCCUCCGUCGCUCUGCCACUGAUUUGAACUUUGGAGAUGACUGCAGGGAAACAACAAAGUAAGCUCAAAACUAUAAUAUUGUUAUCUGUUAAACCUUAUACCUUGCUGGAUAAUAUUGAUCAGGCCUGGUUGUUCACACACUGGAUAGCUCGAUGUCCACCAGUCAUAAAUCACUAUGAUGCAGAUAAGUGGCAGGGAAACCAUCUUGAUAAUUAGCAGUAUCUAUUGGCAAAUUCCAAAGAUAAAAACUUUUUUCAGUGGAUAGCGCUAUCCAUCUUUUCAACAGCUGGAGAAUUGUAUUACUGGCCAGUGUCAUUGGUGUGAUGAAAUUUUAUGGGAAAAUCUGUAUCAAUUGUUAAAAUGAAAAAGGGUUUGUUGCUGUUUUUUUGGCUUGUGAUGCUUUGGAGUUUAGGUGAAGUGGCUGUAGUAGCACUGGUCUCAAAGCUUUAGUACAACAGAUGUACUUAAAGUGUUAAUAACAAGCUUGUUGACAUCUAAUAAUGUAUAAUAUAAAAAAAUAUAAAAGUGGUUAGUUUUACUUAUAAUCAUUCUGGUUUUUAUUUACCUGUUAAUUAAGUGGCAUUCAAGAAAAGUCAAAUAACGUAGACUUCACAGCAAAACUGAGUCAAAGUGCUCCAGCCUCUACAACACAACGUCUCUUAGGAAACUUUGAGGUAAAUUACUAGUUUAAUAUUAAAAUAAUUAAAUCUCAAGAAAUCUCAUGGCUAUAUCAUAGUGAUUUAUUUCAAAAAUUCACUUAUAUACUUUAAAUUGAAAGUUUCAUAGUGGGUAUUUCAGUUUGAUUAAAUUACGGUCUGAUCAUGAGUUUAUUAAUAUGAGAGUGAUAUUAAUCUCAUUUAUGUCAGAAUGAGAUUAUGCCACACCUUUUUGGCCACCACUUUCCAAAUGCCCUGACUUACUCACCUUUUCUCUAAAACCAUGUGUUGUUGUUGUGUUCAACUAAUUCCUUACAUGAACAAAAGUGCAACUAUCUAUAACAUGUUUAUUGUUCAACAAAUGCUUGCAAUUUUUUUCUAGGAGUCUGUGUUAAAUGGCAGGAUGGAAGCAGUAGGGACUGUUGAGGUGAUUAAUUUAUUAAAAUUUUGAAAAAUGUUUCUGUUAUUUGUAUGUUUUCUUUCUAAUGGUGGUUUGUACAUGAACUGAGAUAAGAUGAUAUAACAGAAUACCGAAAAAUUCUUCUUCUACAGUUCUAUACAAUAAUUGUAUUAUCUUGCCAGCAAGGACAAAUUAUUUGUCCUUGCUGGCAAGAUAAAUUAUUUUUGUUGAUUUUACCAUAUGUAAGAGUUCUCACUGUGAUAACCUCAUACAUGCCACUUCUGUUGUAGGGUUUCACAGCUGAGUUAGGAGCCAGUGGAUCUUUCUGCCCUUCUCAUGUUACUCUUCCUGUCAAAGCAUAUUUUUUCAGCCUCUCUGAAGAUGAUGCCCCAUCUCCUUACUUGGUGAGAUUUUUUUUCAUGUUUGAGCAAAACAUUGUCCAUCUUAUCUCGUCACAACAAUUAACAUUUGAUUUUUGAAACCUCUAUUAAUCUGGGUUUUACUGUAUUCUGCAGGGCUACAUUAGUUUAGAUGAUCUCUCUAUAAGUAGAAAAGGCUAUCAUGUGCCUACCAAAGGAACCGUGCAACUGGUAAGACUGCCAACAGGAAUGUAAAAAUGUAAAAUUUGCAGCAGUUAUAGCAACGAAAGCUGAAAUUUAAGGAGGCAGCAUAGCAGAGUUGUCUGUGCUUCAGACUCACUGUCCAGACAACUUGAGUACAAUUCUCAGUGACAACAAGUUGGGUUUGUUUCCCAGUACCCGUCACAGUCCAGCUUCUCAACAAUGCUCAUAAAUACCCAACUGGCUGACAUGCCUCCUUCCAGUUGGGGUUUUUAAUCCUCUUAAUAAUUUAUAACCAUUUUUUAGAUUUCUGUGAAACUUUGCAUAACAGACGACAAGCACCUAAAGUAUGCGCAGCGUAAAGCAUUUCCAAAGUUCAGGUCAAUAAGGGCUGAAAUUCAAUUUUAAAGCUUAAACUAUUGUGACGUCAUUGCCCCAUGAUAUUUAUUCCGAUCGCCCAACAAUAAAUAUCAUAAUAAAGUUUAGUCGAUGUGUAAUACAUGUGUAAUAAUGGUUUUACCUUUAAGAUCAAUUUGUAAGAGAUACAAAGAUGGAAGGUGUCAAUACAAAAUUAUUGCAUCGAGCCACCUGAAGCCUCUAGAACUUCUCCUUAUGGAUGCAUUUGAUAACACAGUCAGCUAAUAAUUACAGAAACUUAUCCUUGUCUUAAAGAUACCAAGCUUCAUACGCAAUAAGGACACAACACACUCGGUGUUCCCCUUCUCUGUCCCUUUCCUUAGAGGGUUAGCUGCACUCUCAUAUCCUGUCAUAAGCAGUUGUAUGUGAUUUUAAUUUGUAAACUUAAGCUUAUUCUGUUGCAUUUGCAGACUUUGUUUAAUCCCAACAAAACUGUGGUCAAGAUGUUUGUUGUACUCUAUGACUUUAGUGAUAUGCCUCCAAGGGCACAGACUUUUUUACGUCAGAAAACGUUUUCAGUUUGGAAACGAGCUUGUCACUCAGAUGAGGUAGGCAUUGUACUUCUUAAGAAUUUUUGAUACUAUUUUAUCAAGGAUAAACCCCUUGUUCUGUAAGUUAACUGACACAGCAAUUUCUAGAAGAAAAAAUAUGACUACAUUAGAAGACAUGCUUUCAAGUGAAAAGAGCAACGUCAGCUAAAUUCAUUGUCUUUGUAGUAGGCGUGAAUCAAAUCUAUAAAACUUGUGUUAUAGCUUUUAUAAUUGUUGAAAAAAUUUUAUUAUCUCUUGAACUCGUGAAUAUUGAAUUUCUCGUUUUAGCUCUUCUCUUUGAGCAAAUAUUUGCUGAUGCCCUCAGUUACAUUUUUUUCUAUUUACGGUAUUACUUAACCCAUCGCCGUGGCCGUAUAUACAAUUUGAACUCAAAAGUUGUAAGGGCUGGUUAACUUGAGCAAUCUGUGCAAUUUUCAGCUCUCUUUGAGCAAUAUGGGCAAUCAAAAUUGCGAACUUUCUUGGUGGCAAAGAAGUUAAUAUACAUUCUUUGUAAAAUAAUUUUUGAUGAUAACACAUUACUGUACAUUUUUUAGGGUCAAAUGUCUCUUCAUUAUUUGAUUCAUUUGAGGUGAGCUUAAGUAUACUUAUAAAUAGUGGAUUUAUUUGUUUGUUUACAGAUUUAGCUUGGUACAAAGUAACAAUAGGAUUUUAUUAGCCCCCAAGCAGCUAGAUGGCUGCUCCUGGAAACGAAGUUGAUUGAUGGUCUAUUGCUAUGCAGCCUUGUUUCCUUAAGCAAUAGACCACACUUUCUAUGGGUUUACCGGCGUGAUAACCAACGCGGUAUGUUGGGAGACCUCGAGCUUUUCGAGUGUUCUCCCAACAUCCCAAAUGGGUUAUCACGCUGGUAAACCCAUAGAAAGUGUGGUCUAUUGCUUUUAUAAAAUAUCUUUAAGUAAAACGGAAAAUGUUUCAGUUUUCUAUAAGUUUACCGGCACAAUAAACCAUUGGUUUUUAACCAAUCAGAACGCGCGUUCUAUCUUAGUUAUUUUAAUAAAAUCAAAUAUACCAUCAAAUCGAUGGUAUAUUGCUCGCAUACAGCUAUUUCGAGAAAGGUUGUUGGAAAAAUUGCAUGCGGUAAUCCCGAUAGGUAUUGUGGGUGGUUUUGAUUUUAUUGUUCUUGAAAGAAAUUUGAAAGAAUGGUACGAGAGGCCAUGGAGAUAUGUUUGCGAGCGUUGAGUUCAUUGUUCUUCAAAGAAAUUUGAAAGAAUGGCACGAGAGGCCAUGGACAUGUGUUUGUGAGUGCUAAAGGAAAGCAACAAAAGAAGUUUUGACAGCUACAGUGUCAGGAACAGUGUAUUGAUCAUAUCCCAUAUUACCUUUCGGGGUUGUUGUGGCGAAUUUUUUUCUGACAACCUUUCUCAAAAUAGCUGUAUUCCAAAUAUGGUCAGCCCCUGUUGGUUACGAAGAAUUAGCCAGGGGGAUUGGAGGCAAUCAGAAACGGCAAAAUAUUUAGCCUCCCCGCAGACGUCCUUUGGGGUUCGUUUGUCACACAUUCAUUUCUCCCCCACGGACGUCGUCCGUGGGGGAGAAAUGAAUGCGUGACAAACGAACCCCAAAGGACGUCUGCGGGGAGGCUACAAAAUAUUUUGAAUGAACAAUAAACAGAAUUAACUUAUACGUUCAAGUACGUAAUGAACUUAUAAAACAGACCCUGCAACUCAUUAAUUGUGCGUUUUGAAUUAUAUUUCAGAUUUGUUACUUCCAAAUCUGGCAGACUCUAUCUCCACACAGAUAUCAAAGUGAUAUUUGCACGCCAGCCCCCAGAUCUCCCUAGUGGAGUUACAUUUUGCACUGUCACUGACGGUCCUACAGAACCGCGAUAUACACUUUGACAAACCAAAUUAGUAGGACAGUUAAUUAAAUUUAUGAUAAUUUAUCAAAAUUUUGACAAUUGAAUCAGUAUAUGGCCUUGACAAUAAUACAGCAAUUAAUGAUAUGACGCUGCAAUCUUCACCAAAAUAUUAUUUAUUUAAAUCUAAUGCUUAUAUAGCUAGGGUUUUUUAAAAUUUAUUUAUGUUUUUUGUUAAAAAAAAAAAGACCUAUAAUUGAAAUUUCUUUGACCGUAUUGAUUUUUUGAUAAGGUGCGGACAAGUUUUGGUAAACAGUGAAAGUUCAUAAGUUGACGACCACUGUAUUAAGAUAGCCAAGAACAUUUGUUGCCUCCUUUUUUACUUCACAAAUUGAUAAUAUUUAUUUAUGGUAAUGUUAUUUCUGGAAUUUGCGAUCCCAACUCCAAGGAAUUCCUUACUUCACAAACGAAAUCUGAUGAAAAUUUUAGCUUCCCAAUUUAAACCUCGCGAGAAUUAGAUAGCCUGCGUUGCAGCUGGCCCACGCACUCGUCUAAACCAUUUGUAUAGUCCGCUCCCGGGGGGGGGAGGAGGGUUCUGCCAUAUAUGGGCUAAAUAGAUAUGUGCCGCUGUAAAGGGUAUGGUUUUCAGGCAGUUUACUCUAGGAUAGGGUAUAUAAAUCAGAGCGUUUGGGUCUAGAAUAGGGUAUCAUUUUUCAGGAAACUGAUCAGUUGGUUGAAGAUUUUAUCUAGACAAGGGAAACAGCUACUCUAGGAUAGGGGGAUUUGGGGAGUUUACUCUAGUAUAGGGUAGCAAAAUUCAGCUGAACUAGCUCUGGUAUAGGUUAAGGGUUCCAGGGUCCCAGCGGCACAUCCCCACCCAGAAAUUCCUAAAGUACCCCUCCCCCCCGGGAGUCCGCUCUAUACAGAAGGUUUAGUUUUAGAGUGUCUGCGACGCAGGCUAGUCUGAAAAGGCUUUAAGAAGAACACUUUUGUACAUAGAAAAGAAAUCUCAGCACUUAAGCGCAUGUAAAAGGAAUAUUUAUUUAUGUCAGGGUGAAAAUUGAAAGAUGCUAUGAGCAACAGUUAAGGUUAGUAUGCAUAUAGUGAGUAGUAAAUCAGCAGCGUUAAGUUUUUUCUCCAGCAUUACCCGUAAGAAAUAAUGAUUGCAAUUGCCCCCCUCCAACUUGAAAACAAGCAAUUUCAGUAAGUACUUAAGUGUAGCCUUGCCCUCCCCCGUGACGGAGAAAAAACGUGGGGGAGGGGGUGGGCACCCCUCCACCCGUCUCAAAAGAAAUCGAAGUACCAGGUCCGCCUCUGGACCAUCAGUAUAAUCACGUCCUUCGUGAAAGAAUUCGUAAAAUCAAAUUUUCUUUUCAAUCAAAUGAUUAAUAUUUUUGUUGGUGUUACUUUUUUAUAUGACAGUUUUAAUAUAAAAGCUCAGAAAAUGCAAAUUCAACAUAUACCUGGCAGGGCAAGAUAUAAAAGUUUGCGCAAAGGGUGGAAUACUAAGGAGGCAAGAUAAGAAGGUCAUAUCCUAAAUGUUGCGUGUAACAUUAAAAUUCCA